AUGUAAUUGUUGUACCUACUUUUAUUAUAUUAUUGUAUUUUUUUUUUAUAUUUUAUUACUUCUUAUUAUUUCUUAUACCUAAAAUAUAACGGAAAUCCACUGUACACUGAAAGAAAUUCAUAUAUGAAAACAAAAAAAAAAUAGUUUCAUAGGUAGGUAGAUACGAAUAUGGCUAUAUCUAUCUUAUGUUUAUCGCGGCAGUAUGUCUACAGUUUAUCUACCAUAAGAUUUAAGAUUAUAUCUACAUACUACAAUAAGUAAUAACGAUAAUCAAUGCUAUUACCACGAUCUCAUCGAUAUAAUCGAUUUCAUGAGGAAUGCAGCUGCGGGCUUGAAUUAUAAAUUGAAUUUGUCACUUAGUCAGUGUAUCCCGAGACGCUAUUUAGUUGAGAUGGAGGUUGAAAUGGAAGUUUUUGUAGUAAAAGAAAAUAAAAAAAUUAUAUUUGACGGAUAUGCAUAUACGGUUCAUCAUAAUCUAGUUUCAAGUCUUCGGUGGAAAUGUUCCAAUAAAAUUUCAAAAAAAUGUCCGGGCAUUUUAGUAACUUCCAAAAAUUAUAAAAAUCCAACAAUUGAGGUUGGGUUGAACAUUCGCAUGCUGGUGAUGCGAAUUUAGAAACAGUCGAAAAAGCCAAGGCUGAAAUGUUAAAACGUGUUUCAACAUUUUCAACCUCAACUCCUUCACAAAUUUUCGCUGAAGUAAUAAAUCAGGUGCCAGAGCAGGCUUUAACAUCUUUCGCAAAUGAAGAAACAACCAAAAGAAUGUUGCGGCGCAAAAAAAAUAAAGGUAAUCCUAAAAAACCAUCAUGUUUAUCAGACCUUACAAUUAAUAAUGAAUGGGCAAUGUACAAAGACGAACGAUUUUUGCUUUUUGAUAAUGGUCCGGAAUCGAAUGAGCGAAUAAUAAUUUUUUCAUUGGAUGAAGGUUUAGUUCAUUUAUCAGAGGCAGAUACUUGGUUCUGCGAUGGUAACUUUAAAUUAUGUCCCGAAUUUUUUAUGCAAUUAUACGUUAUUAGAGUUAAAAAGUAUGACAAAUUUAUUACCCCAAUAUUUUGUUUACUUCAAAAUAAAACUCGCAGUACGUAUGAAGAAAUGUUCACUGCAAUAUUCAAUAAAUGUUCCGAAAAUAAUGUUUAUCCCGAUCCUAAGAUAAUGAACAUGGACUUCGAACAAGCUGUUAUUCAAGCAGCAAAAACAGUUUUUAGGGAACAUUUGAUAAUACAAGGUUGUUUUUACCAUUUGUGCCAAAGUACUCAUAGAAAAUUACAAGAGUUAGGAUUACAAAAUAAAUACAAUCAUGACAACGUGUUUAGCCAUUAUUGUAGUAUGAUCGAUGGCUUAGCUUUUUUGCCGGUGCAAAAAGUGAUUGAAGGCAUGAAAUACUUAAAAUCAAUUUGUGCACCCGAUAAUACGGAUAUACUUGAUUAUUUUGAUAACACAUAUGUUACUGGAACAUGUAGGAAAGUCGGGGUUUUAAAAUUCAGACGGAUUAAGCCAUUGUACCCCCCUGAAACAUGGAACGUACACGAGGCUACAAUGCGCUCCAGACGCCGUACAAAUAAUGUUUGUGAAAGCUGGAACAAUAGAUUUGCACAUUUAAUCGGGCAUAGUCAUCCAACAAUUUGGAAGUUGAUUAAUAAAUUUCGUGAGGAAGUAGGGGUAGAUAAAGCUAAAAUAGCAUUACAUGAUAUGAAACCCCCAAGAAAAAAAAACAUGGAUCAGAAAAAAAUGUAAAAUUACAAUAUUUAUGUACGAUGUUUGUUAAUAACGAGUUAACAAUACCAGAAUUCUUAAAUAGAAUUGGUCAUUGCUUAAGAAAACAAAAUGUAGAAUAAAUUAUUAUUGUUAUUAUAAAUGUAGACUAGAUUUUUUAAAACGUAUAACUUUUUUUUUAAAUAUUAUUAUUGUAAUGACAUCGACAAUCAUUUCUUAGGGAAACGUAUUGUAUAGGUAUCAAAUUAUUAUUAUUAUUGUAUAGGCAAAUGUAAUGUAUAUAAUAUUAAAUAUAAUAUUUAAAUAAUUUUUUCUGGGUUUCUGGAUUUUUUCUGUGUCGGUAAUCGUAGAAAUAAUAAAAUAUAAAAAAUAAUUUUAAUAUUUUUGUUAUUUUGUAUUUUCGGACUUUUUGUCUGACAGUAAAAAUGUACUCGGACUUUUUGUCCGGCAAUCAACAAAUGAAUCCUGACUUUUUGUCCAACUUUUUUCAUACUGGACUUUUUGUCCGUGGACUUUUUAAAUUCUAACUUUUUAAUAAGUUAAUGCCCACCAUUGCUGACGAGUGACGAUGCAUUAAUAUCCAACUAUUUUAAGGUGUUAGUGUUGUAUACCUAACCUAACCUUCAGCUUUUCCAAAUUUAUACUUGGCUUAUAAAGCAUUAUAUAUCAUUCCUGUAUCAUCUGUUGCUGCAGAACGCUCAUUUUCCAAAGUUAAGAUUAUUAAGUCUCGGUUAAGAUCUACAAUGACCCAAUCAAGACUAGAAAGUCUCCUUUUACUAAACUGUGAAACUGAUAUAAAUAUAGAUUUAAAUCAAGCUAUAAAUGAAUAAAAACAGCUAUAAUAAUUUAUAUACCUAUAGGUUGUUUUAUAAUUUAUAUGUUAUGUUUUAAUAAUAUUAUUGACUACGAUUCAACGACAUGUUUUUUUUUUUAAAAAAUAUAACUUUUUUCCCCAGAGACUUUUUUUCUUUGAGCCUUUUUUCCGGAGACUUUUUUAUCGGGACUUUUUUUCCGUUCCCCAGAUUAACAUAAGGAUAACGGAAUAUCGGCGUCGUACGUCAGUGGCAUGCGUCGCGCACCUAGGGUCCCGUACUCUCGUAAAACAGGACGAGUACGGUCGAGACUCGAGACGUUUGUCGGCACUCUCCAGUGUCACCACUGACUAACAUAAUGUAUUGAUUAUACGUUCAGAUUGAAAUUCUAUAAAUUUAUCAGUUACCAAUGCAGUAUCAUCAAAAAUUUGAAAACCCUUUGAUAUUUUAUUUUUUUUCAACAAAUAUUCUAAAACCAAUACUCCAUCCUUUGGGUUAAAAACUACUGGCACAAAAUCCUAAACAUAAUUUAUAUACAUUUAUAUUUAAAUAUAAAAAUAUUUUAAAUAAUUUUGUUCUAUUUCUGUGGUAAAACUAUUUAUUAAUGAAUGAUGAAAAUAAAGUUAUCAUAUUUUGUUUUUUGCCAAAAAGGGCAUCACACCUUUUCCCGUAAAUUAUUUUCUGUUGUAUAAUAAAUAUUAACAUAUAUAACCUGUGUAUUAAUAAUUUUAUAUAUAUAUAUAUAUAUGUAUACAAUAUGAUCAAUUAUGUGUAAAAAAAUUUUAAAUAAUACCUAAUUUAAUACUUUAAUUUUCACUGUUUUAUAUUU